GUGUGGCCACGAAGAGUAAUCGCGAAGCAUGUUCGGUCUGUACGUGGCCCUCAUCGUAUUGGCCGUUUGCCUGUACUUCAAAUGGAGCUGCAGCUACUGGACCCGGCGUGGCAAUGUGGCCGGUCCGAAACCGUUGCCGAUCUUUGGCAAUCUGCUGGAACAGCUUACCGGUCAAAAACACUUUGGAGAGAUUUUUGAGGAGAUGUACCGAGCGUUUCCGGAAGCUAGCUGGGUCGGUUAUUACAAGAUAUCAAACCAACCGGGCAUUGUAGUGCGUGAUCUGGAACUGGUGCAGGAAGUUCUGACCAGCAGCUUUUCCUCGUUCAAUCAGAAUGAUUUCCACAUUGACGAAACGAUCGAUCCGCUCGUCGCGUACAAUCCGUUCGUGCAGAGUGGCGAACGGUGGAAGGAACGCCGCAACCAGAUGACGUCCGUUUUUACAAUGAAUCGGAUACGGGCCACGUUCCCGCUGGUUCAACAGGUCGCGCAGGACUUUGUGGAGUUUAUUGCCCGGACGCGUAAGAUGGAUUGUCAUUUCGAAGCAAAGGAUAUAUGCGCCAAGUACACAAUCAACGCGGUCGCCAGCGUAGCCUUUGGCAUCGAUGCGGAAUCGUUCACCAAUCCGAAUGCCGAAUUUCCUCGCAUGGGUAAUGCACUGUUUGCGCCCACCUGGAUGACAGCGAUCCGUUCACAGUUGGCACUGUUUGCACCUGGACUGGCUAAGCUGCUGCGAGUACCCUUCGUUCCCGGGUACGUUGACCGAUGGUUUAGGCAAAUGGUUCGGGAAACCGUUCGUCAGCGCAAGAGCACCAAGCGCAACGACCUGUUCCAGGCCAUGUAUGACAACUUAUCCGAAAACGGAACGGUGGAAGCAAACGAGAACCAUAUCGUAGGCCAUUCGGUAACGUUCCUGUCGGAAGGAUUCGAAACUUCCAGCACGAUGAUGAGCUAUAUGCUGUAUGAGCUCGCAUCUAAUCCAGCCAUCCAGGACAAAGUGGUUGACGAGCUGCGCACCGUUAUGACCGAAUCCGAUGGUCAGCUAACGGAAGCAGGUCUUCAUAAGCUGGUGUACAUGGAAGCGGCAAUGAUGGAAACGCUUCGUAUGCAUACGCCGACAUUCACUUUGCCACGCAUUUGUACGAAAGACUUCGAACUUCCGCCACAGUUCCCAACCGAUACGAAGCGUGUAACGUUGCGCCCCGGUACGUCGGUCGUUAUUCCGGUGUAUGCCAUCCAUUAUGAUCCGGAAAUUUACCCAUCACCCUACACGUUCGAUCCGGAACGUUUCUUGGAGGAAAAUCGUAAAUCUCGCCCACGGCAUGCAUUCCUCGGGUUUGGUGAAGGUCCUCGGUUAUGUUUGGGAAUGAAAUUCGCUUUACACCAGAGCAAAAUUGGUAUUGCGACGCUGCUAAACAAAUAUCGCGUAAAGUUGUCGCCGAAGCAGGAACUGCCGCUAGAGUUUGCCAGAAGUAGUUUCCUGUUGUCUCCCAAAUCGGGCAUAUGGCUGAACUUUGAGGACAGAGAGUAG